UUAGACAGCGUGGCUGCAGGAUGGCCCCAUGUCUCCGGAUAAUAGUGGCUAUGGCAGUCCUGGUAAAAGACUCAGACAAGUUGACUUUUGGCCAACCCCUCACUGUGGUGGCCCCCCAUGCCCUAGAGACAGUCAUCCGCCAGCCCCCUGAUCGAUGGCUCUCAAAUGCCCGGGUCACCCAUUAUCAGGCCAUGUUACUGAAUUCUGAGCGGAUACAGUUUGGAACGGCUACAUCUCUAAACCCGGCCACCUUGCUUCCAGAAACCGAGUCCCCCUCCCUAGUAAUGCAUGAUUGCCACCAGAUCCUAGCUGAAGUCCAUGGCACCAGAGGGGACUUGACGGACCAGCCUUUGCCAGAUGCUGAAGCAACCUGGUACACCGAUGGGAGUAGCUUUCUACGAAAUGGCUGGACAGAAGCUUUCCCCACCAAGCGAGAAACCGCCCAGGUGGUUGUCAAGAAAAUCCUGGAAGAAAUUUUCCCCCGGUUUGGACUGCCCAAGGUAAUAGGGUCGGACAACGGCCCCGCCUUCGUCUCCCAGGACAGGCUAAAGGCGCUCCAGAUUAUCCAGCACCAGAUCUGGAAACCCCUUGCGGCUGUCUACCGCCCCGGAGACACAACCGGCCCACACCCGUUCCAGAUCGGGGACUCUGUCUACGUCAGGAGACAUCAGUCCAGGACGCUUGAGCCCCGCUGGAAGGGCCCAUAUACUGUACUACUGACCACCCCAACCGCCUUAAAGGUAGACGGCAUUGCUGCUUGGGUCCACGCCUCACACGUCCAGCGCACCCCAUCAACGAGCACCGCUGACGCCAGCCAGGACGGACCGGACGAGCCACUCCAAUGGAAGCUCCACCGCACCCAAAACCCGCUCAAGAUAAGACUUUCAAAAAUUGUUCAAUGACAGUUGUUAUAUUCCUACCUCUCCUAGCGCUCUUCACCUCCGCCAAAGGUGACCCUCAUGCCCUCAAAAGGUUAACCUGGCAGGUACUAACGUCUGGGGGUGACGAGGUCUGGUCUAUAACUAAGACCGCCCCCGUGGGAACCUGGUGGCCUGACCUAUAUCCUGACCUAUGCAAGCUAACCAUAGGGGCCCCUAGCCCAUGGGACCUAGAGGGAUACUUCGAUACCUCUAGAGCCCCUAACCAAGAAAGCCCUCCAGGGCGACUGGGAUUAGACCCAUGGGGAGGAUGUGGCACGCCUGACAGAAGGGCCAUGCUAAGCACUCUUCC